GCCCCAUCUCCAAAUUCUCUCCAUUCACAUUUCCUUAACUAUAAACAAAACAAACUCCACCCUCCUCUCUCUUCUCUCUCACUAAAUAGCUGUAGCUCCUCUGUGUUCCAAGAAAACCUAAAUGGAUUCGAUCUGAUCAAAACCCACCUCCCAGAACCCUUUUCCGAUCACCCUCUUGGCCUCUGAAUCAGCAACCCGAUUCGGAUCGAGACCUCUUGGAGAUUCGGAGGAGCUCCAGGUGGUAGCGGGGUAGUAAUGUCGACUCCUGCAAGGAAGAGGCUGAUGAGAGACUUCAAGAGGCUGCAACAGGACCCACCUGCAGGGAUUAGUGGGGCUCCCCAAGACAACAAUAUAAUGCUGUGGAAUGCCGUUAUAUUUGGUCCUGAUGAUACCCCUUGGGAUGGAGGCACGUUUAAGUUGACUCUUCAGUUCACAGAAGAUUAUCCAAACAAACCACCAACGGUGCGAUUUGUUUCUCGAAUGUUUCAUCCAAAUAUUUAUGCCGAUGGAAGUAUUUGUUUAGAUAUUUUGCAAAAUCAGUGGAGUCCUAUUUAUGAUGUGGCAGCUAUACUCACAUCUAUCCAGUCACUACUAUGUGAUCCGAACCCAAAUUCUCCUGCAAAUUCAGAAGCUGCUCGCAUGUUCAGCGAGAACAAGCGAGAGUACAACCGAAGAGUUAGGGAAAUCGUGGAACAGAGUUGGACAGCAGACUAACUCCUUCAUAAGGUGCUGGCAGGGCAGUCUGAAUAUGUCCGGAUGCAUGCUAUAAGUGGCAUUGCUAGUUUGAGAAUGAUUGUGCAAACUUAUCAACAUUUAUCCUGUAUUUCGAUAUUUUCCUCGCGGAUUAUGACUCUUAGGAUUGUUUGGUCUUUCAAUUAUGUCUUGUCCACAUUGCUUGGUGGUUAAGCUCAUGUAAAAAAGAAUGUUCGUGUAUCAAUUUGCAUUGGUUUGUUAUGAACGUUA